GCCAAUUUAUGAGUUAUCGAAUUUCAAGUGUAACGCUAAGAAAGUUCACACGGUAACUCAUAUAUAAACAGUUCGUGCGCUAUGCACAUACAGUUACGGGCUUGUCGGGACGCGGGUGGGUCGCAUUAGGUCGAAUAUUAAUUACAUACGGUUAAAUAUAUGUAGUUAACGAAAUAUAACCUUUGCGUAGUAAUUUCAUCUUUUAUUACACCCGCACAUAACAAGCCCCCUCCAUUGGUGACCCCCGACGAUUAGUGAACAAAUAGUGAAUUGCAUAGAUAUCGUUUGUUUAAAAUUUAAUUCAAAAUGAAUCCGGCAGUUCCAAUAAGAGCGGACGAGAGUGGAAAUGCUCUCGCGCAGAUCACUGUGUCGAGUAGAAUUCCAGACUUCUGGAAAGAAUCACCACGACUUUGGUUCGCGCAGUUUGAAGCAGUGGUGGCGAAUCAGAAGCUGGCGGACGAAUCGAAAUAUAACCUGGUGGUAGCGAAAUUAAGUCGCGAACACGUUGAGCAGGUUAGUGACAUUGUAUUAGCACCACCCGAUACAAAGAAGUACGAAGCAUUGAAAAACCGGUUGCUCGUAGUCUAUGAAGAAUCGGAAGUGCGUCAGGUCCAGAAAUUAUUGAAAGAACUUGAGUUAGGCGAACAGAAGCCUUCUCAACUUUUACGGCGUAUGCGAGAUCUGGCUCGAAAAAAAUUCUCAGAGGAAACAUUGACGAUGCUGUGGAUGGGACAUUUACCCGCAGCCGUACAAGCAGUCCUCACUGUUAGCGAAUUAAAGGAUACAGAGAAAUUAGCUAACAUGGCAGAUAAAGUUAUAGAAACGACACGUUUCGCGGAGAUACAGGAGGUAUCGAGUGCCAGAGAUAAAAUAUCCACAAUACAACCUACGCUAGUUGAGCAGAUUACACAGUUAACGCAGCGGUUAAACCAGCUGGAAUCUGCAGGUUCGAGAGGCAGAUCGUUUAGUGUUAGAAGGUAUGGGAAUCGCGCGCAUCGCUCCGCAUCGCGAAGUCGCGAUCGGGCAGGACCUUCAAAACAAAAAAAUCCCAAUUGGUUAUGUUUUUUUCAUUACCGAUAUAAGAACAAUGCCAGCAAGUGCAUUCAACCUUGUGCGUGGCAGAAACAGCAGGAGAGCCAAACAAAAAACUAAAUACGGUGCAGACAAAGGCGGAUGUCUGUUCCACCGUAAAUA